AUGUUCCGCAUCGUAAUAUCUGCAUUCAACAGAUGGAGCAUUUGCUCAGAUUCAGAAGAGGAAAUGAAAGCAUUAGAAGCAGAUUUAUUGACCAAUAUGUACACAUCAAAGAUUAACAGAGCAAAACCUCCUUACUGGAAAAUGACCCUGCUAAAUGUCUGCAAUCUUAUCAACAACAUAAACAACCAAGGAGGGGAAGUAAUAGAGGUAGAUGAAGAGGAUCUUGUUUCCGGAAGACAGUUUCCUGCUGCUCUGGAUGGCUUCAGUUUGGAAGCAAUGCUGACAGUGUAUCAACUCCAAAAAGUUUGCCACAGCAGAGCCUUUCAGCAUUGGGAGUUGCUUCAGCAAGAUGCUUUUGACCUAGAGAACUCAAGCCAAGAGAAGGAAAUAAUGAAAAGGAAAAAUCCCUACAUUCUGAAACGGCAGCUACAUGUGAACAAGGCUAGAAGACCAUACAUACUCAAGAGAAGUUCAUAUUACUGAUCCAGCAGAAGAAAACAAUGUAUAUUUAGUUUAUAGGUAACUGUGCGUUAUGGUUAUCUUAUUUAAAUCAUACUUGUGUGAAAAUAUACUAUGGAAAAUCAUCAAGAUGGUAACAUAACUGUGGUUUUUUUGCAAUUGCUGUUUCUUGAUUGUGAUUUUUUCCUACUUGAGAUUAAUUGGACCAAUACAUUUGCAAAUAAAUCUAGUUUCUAAGCAUGA